AUAGUGGCCCAGGUGCCUGCCCCUGUGAAACAGCAGAAUGGCCAGGUGGUGCCAUUCUGUGAGUGUAUUCUGUUUUUUUGAAUGAUAUUACCUUCAAUAGAAAGCCUGUAAACAUCGAUCCUCUGGCUCUCUGCAGGACAACGCUGAUUUCUUUUACUUUGAUGUCUGGUCCCUCUCCAUACACAUGGGGUGGAGAAUCCCCACCGGACGAUGGAUCUUUUGUUGUCAUUACACCAGGGCAGACCAUCUUACUGGACACCAGCACAGCCGUCCUAAAAAUGCUUCUCAUUCAAGGUGGAACCCUGGUGUUUGAUGAGGUAGACCUUGAGCUGAAUGCUGAAAAUAUCCUAAUUGUGGAUGGAGGCACACUGCAGGUUGGAACUGAACAAGCGCCGUUUCAGCACAAGGCGAUCAUCACCCUGCAUGGCCACCUCCGCUCUCCCGAACUCCCGCUCUAUGGGGCCAAGACGCUGGCCGUCAGAGAAGGGACGCUGGACCUCCACGGUACACCCGUUCCAUUCAGUUGGACCCGACUGGCUAAAACCGCAGAGGCCGGCUCAACCAUCGUGCAUCUCCAGAAUCCCGUAACAUGGAAAGCUGGAGAUGAAAUUGUCAUUGCAUCCACCGGAGACAGGCUGAGCCAGAAUCAAAAUGAGCUGAUGGUAAUUGAGUCCAUAUCCUCAGAUGGAACAACGGUGAAUCUGACCAACCCCCUCAAGUAUACACAUUUAGGAGUUUCUGUCAGAACACCAGACGGACAACAAUUUGAAGCGAGAGCAGAAGUUGGACUUUUAACUCGUAAUGUUGUCAUCCGAGGCUCCGAAAACAUUGAGUGGAAAGACACCAUACCAGCUUGUCCUGAAGGAUUUGAUCCUGGUGAAUUUGCUGUGCAGACCUGUUUUCAGGGAAGAUACGGUGACCAAGUUGGCAGCGACCAGUUUGGUGGGUGCAUCAUGUUCAGCACACCUCAGCCUAAUCAGACCUCGGCCAUUGGCCGAAUUGAAUAUGUGGAAGUAUUUCAUGCUGGACAAGCCUACAGACUUGGGCGUUACCCCAUAAACUGGCACCUCAUGGGAGACCUUAACUUCACCUCUUAUGUCAGAGGCUGCAGCAUUCACCAGACGUAUAACAGAGCAGUCACUAUGUACAAGACCUCUAAUCUCUUAGUCGAGAGAAACGUCAUCUACGACAUCAUGGGAGGCGCGCUUAUCUUUGAAGAUGGCAGCGAGACAGGAAAUGUCCUUCAGUACAACCUGGCAGUGUUUGUGAUGCAGAGUACCAGUCUCUUGAACGACGAUAUCACACCAGCUGCCUUCUGGAUAAGCAAUCCCAACAACAUAAUUCGGCACAACGCAGUAGCUGGAGGAAGUCAUAUUGGCUUCUGGUAUCGACUUCAAGACAGAGUCAGUGGAGAACUGCAUGACGCUAACAUUUGUGAGAAAAAUGAGAUACUAGGACAGUUUUAUAACAACUCUGUUCACUCUCAAGGCUGGUAUGGAUUGUGGAUUUUUGAACAAUAUUACCCAAUGCAACAAGGGUACUGCUACUGGAAUAACCCCCAGCCAGCUGUUUUUGACUCUCUGAUGACUUGGAAUUGUCUGAAAGGAGCCGAGUGGCUCAACGCCGGAGCACUGCAGUUCAAGAAUUUCCUGAUGGUGAAUAACGAACUUGCUGGAAUUGAAAUGAAACGAGUUAUAAAUGGCUAUGUUACUGGCUGGGGUGAAGCGGGUGGUGCCAUGAUCAUGAAUGCCACUGUGAUUGGUCACUUGGAUGAACUCGGCCUUCUGCCCGGCAACUGCACUCAGAGGGGAAUUGUACUUCCAUUAGAUGACGGACUGACUGUCGCAGGAAUUAAAUUUAUCAACUUUGACCGCUCAAGCUGUGCUGCCAUUGGCAUAUCAGCGAUUGAUUCAAGUUGUGGGUACAACAGUUGUGGAGGCUGGAGAGUUAAAUUUAGGGGAGUUCAGUAUUUUAAUGCCACCAACAAGGCCGGCUUCACAAGGGAGCAUGAAGCAGCUCUGAUUGACACUGACGGGUCUCUUACAGGACAUGCUAACAACACGGUGAUACCUUACAGCGCCCUGCUAGACCCUUCUCACUGUCGGCUUCAAGUGCCAGAGUGGAGCGCGGGCUACACUGGCUCAAUCUGUGACUCCACCAUCUCCUUCCAUCGCUUGGCCUUUAGGACAUACUGGUAUUUGUCAAUGCCCGUGCUCCUGUCUGACUCCUUUGGUACCAGUAUAGUUUCCGGGUUGGCGCUCAUUCCUGAUGGGCAAACCUUUAAUUGGACCUUUCAGAAUUUCCCCAUUUUAGGACCCACCAACACCUGGUUGUAUGAGGCGACGUUCUACGGAUUUAAGGAAUCCGAUUUUGUCAUCAUCACGCAUCGAUGUGCCCAGAAUUAUGAAGGCUAUCACAUCGUCGAUAACAGGAGGGGGCUGACCCAGCCUUUCAACCACAGCAGUAUGAGUGGAGACUGGUACUUUGACAACAACACAUCCACCGUGGACUACAUAAUUUCAGGAAAUACAAACUCAUGGUACCAGUAUAGCUCAAGUUUGGAUCCUUUGGAAAAGAACACAGAUGUAAACUUCCUGAUUUAUCAAUGCUACUUCACAAGCUGUUACUCAGGAGGAGGAGGAGGAGGAAGAGGAGGAGGAGGUAUGGCGACGACUACAACAGCCCCACCCCCAAGAACGAGUGGAAUUACCCUUUGGUCCAACACUACUUUCUGGUUGACUUCAGCGGAAAACAAUUAUGCCGUCCCAGUAACUGGUUCCAGCGUGGUGAUUCCGAGAGGAUGGCUGGUGGUAAUCGACAUUGACAUCCCCAGGCUAAGCAAACUGAGUGUCUACGGGACACUGGAAGUGCCAAGCAACAUGUCGAAAUACACAAUGUGGGCUACAAAUGAAACGCUGCCAACAGAUAACAACAACAGGACCGUCAUCAUCAGGACCACCUACCUGUAUAUUCAGGGUGGUAAGUUGCUUGUGGGUCAACCAGAUGAACCCUUUCAAGGUGAACUUCAGAUCAUUUUUAGAGGAAACAUGCUGACACCAGACUGGCUUUUGCCAGAAGGCUUUUACCUUGGAGCAAAGGUUCUAGGGGUUUUCGGAACCCUGGACCUCCAUGGCAAGCCUCACUCCAUAUACCGGACAAAACUGGCAAUGACAGCAGAUGCCGGAUCCACGUCGAUUUCUCUAGCCGACAUGGUCGAUUGGCAGGUUGGAGACGACAUUCUGAUCACCACAACCAGCUACAACCCCCGGCAGGCCGAAACAAGGCAGAUCGUCGCCAUUUCAGAGGAUAUGAAGACCCUGAUCCUCAACCAUUCGCUCUCCUAUGCACACAUCGCUGAAAUUUACUAUAUCAAUGACACAAAUGAGCAGUAUACCCUGGCAGCGGACGUCGGACUUCUCAGUCGAAACAUCAAGAUCAUUAGCGAAGAUUACCCAGGCUGGUACCAGGAGUCGUAUGGGGCCAGAGUACUCGUUCGCUCAGGAGUCGCGAGACUCAGCAAUGUUGAGUUCUAUCACACGGGACAGAAUGGCUACGUAUCCAACAGUGACCCCCGAUAUUCAGUGGUUUUCAUGGACAUGGGGGAGAUUUCUGAAAAUGAUACGUCUUACAUCCAAGGCUGCUCUUUCCAUCAUGGUUUUUCACCAGCUAUUGGCAUCUUUGGAACCAACAAACUGAGUGUGGACGACAACAUCAUUUAUUUCACUGUCGGCCAAGGCAUUCAUGAUCUGGGAACUGCAAACAAAAUUCGGAGAAACCUUGUGGCUUUGACUGUGUGGCCGGAAUCAUUCAAAGGGAAACAGCCAGCGACGUACACCCUGUGGCAUGCAGCCAUUGAGAUUAACCAGGGAGCCGACACUGUGCUGCAGGACAACAUUGUGAGCGGUUUUGAGAGAAUCGGAUAUCGCAUUAAUGGAGAGCCGUGUCCAGGCACGUUCAAUCCAGCUGAGACCUGGAGCAACAAUGAGGCCCACGGAGGCCUGUAUGGGGUCUACUUGAACGAAGACGGCCUGCCAGAUUGCACCUUCAUCCAGGGAUUUACUGUCUGGAAAUGCUGGGAUUAUGGAAUUUAUUUCCAGACAUCCAUGAGUGUUCAGAUUUCCAAAGUAACUUUAGUGGACAACGGAAUGGGCAUCAUGCCUAUGAGUUACACUUCACCCGCCGUGUCUCACCAAUAUUCUAAUAAGACCAUACAGAUCAAGAACUCCCUAUUUGUGGGAAGCAGCCCGGACUUUAAUUGUACAGAUGUUCUUACUUCCAAUAAUAUAAAUAUUCAGUACACAGCGGGACAGAGGAGCCCAAGGCCACUUCAAGGUGGCAGAAGUGCAGUUGGUUGGCCGACUUUUGCUUCACAGUAUAAUGGAGCACCUGCUAUGCCUCAUGCUGGCUUGGCAAGCUACACUGCUAUUAGUGGACUUGUGACAAUUAAAGACUCUACAUUUGCUGGCUUUAGAAAUGUCUGUUCUGGACAGAUAAACGUCAUGUUCAUUACCAAUCCUAACAACGAGGACCUGCAGCAUCCAAUACACGUAAUGGGGAUUCAAGUCAUCAACAGCACAGAAAACGCCGUCGCCUUCGUACACCGACCUGACCUCAGUCUGGUGAUCCCCUCUAAGUGCGUUGAUAUGACUUGUGAUGCGAAAAGGAAAACCCUGCUGAAAGACCUGGACGGAUCCUUACUGGGCCAGAGUGGGACAGUCGUUCCCCAGUCUGAGUACCAGUGGGCCGGUGAUACCCGCUAUGGUCUUGGGGACUACAGAAUUCCAAACGUCAUGCUGACCUACCUGAAUGGCAGUCGGAUUCCAGUUAGUGAACUUGCACCAAAUAAAGGUGUAAUCAGAGACCCCAGCUGCACUUACAUGCCAAGCUGGCAAAGCUACAAGUGCUUCACUCUCAACUACGAGAUCUUGGUGAUCGAAAGUCUUGACAGCGACACAGAGACCCGGCGACUCUCUCCGGUGGCAGUGCUUGCGGACGGCUAUUUGGACAUGCUCAACGGUCCCGCAGAUCACAGCUGGUGUACGGGUUACAGCUGCCGCCGAAGGCUUUCAACGUUCCACACCAUUGUGGCCACCAACAAAUCCUUUUCGGUUUACUUCACAAGCACCUCUCCCCAGUCUCUUCGACUGAUGCUGCUAAAUGCUGACAACUCCAAGGCUGUGCGUGUGGCCAUAUUUUACUCGAAUCCUCAGCGCUUAGAUGUUUACACCAAUGAUCUACUGGUUGCUCCGACAAAUGCGGUAUGGAACAGCAAUCACAAUGAUUACACUCUCAGAUCCCCGACUUUUCCUGAUCAGUUUGUUCCUCAAAUGAAUUCCACAAUUUCUGGAUCGAAUUACUUUGACAGUGACUACAAAAUGCUAAAUGUUUUAGUCCGAGGCCCGACUCCCAUUGUGGUCCGCACAUCACCACUUCUCUUCAUUUCAUUCAAUAUGCCCUUCAUGACUGUUGAUGAAUUUUUUGGUCCAAACCUUAUUAAAAACUUAGCAGCCUUCCUAAAGAUCCCUGCAAGCAAGUUACGCAUCACCAAAAUAGUCCGAGCGAGCAGCCGGCGAAAGCGUGCAACUGGGGUGACUGUGGAGGUGCAGAUAGCAGAGCCGCCGAGUCAACAGGCCACUCAGACGCCAACUGCAGGGCAGCUACAAGUUCAGGAUCUGGUAAAGAUUGCAGAUACCAUUGGACAGCUAGCCAUUGCUGGAGACCUCAGUUCAGCCGUUGGGUAUAACGUCACAUCUGUUAGCAUCACGUCGCCACCACCGAGUCCAAGUGACCCUGCAUGGGCUGAGAUGGCGUCUGCUCCAGUGACGACGAGAGACAACAUGACUGUAAGUUAUGUGUCGACUGUGACCAGUCUGGUGAUUGUCAUGCAGCCGAUCGUGGGACGGCAAGGAGGUCUACUGCUUCAGCAGCCAUCCAUUAUGGCUGUGGACCAGAAAGGUGCCUGUGUGUCUGUCGGAGUGACGUCCAUCGUCCUGACAGCAACUCUGAAAGACCAAAGUGGCCAGGACAUUACAGGUCUUGAAGGGAACACCACAAUCCCAUUUUCAAAUUGCUGGGCAAAUUACACGGACCUUUCCCUCACAGUCAAAGGCAGGAGUGUGAUAAUGGUCUUCACGAUGAACAACAUCAAGUCGAUGUCCAGAUCCCUCUCAACUGAUGCUGUGACCCCUUUGGCAGCCAGCAGCACCACAACGAGCACCACGACCAGCACAGCACCGAGCGGCUCCAGCUCGCCAUUGAGACCCUGGCCCGCGUUCAUCGCUGCUCUUCUGGGUCUGCUCACCUUCCUGUUGUUCAAAGGAUAAAUGGCCCGGCAGACUUAAGAAAGGCGUAUCGUUAUCGUUUCAUCUGUGCAGGCGUUAUUGAAUGAUUUCUUAAAUAUAUCCAUUAUUUUACAGAUUUUUGCUUGCUGCAUAGUUAUGAUUUAGUUAUAAAUAUUAUAUCUGUG